AGAUUACUACGGACUUCACUGCACAACAGAUUUACGCACAUUAAAGUGCAAUUAGAAAGAAAAGGUGAAGCCAGAAAUGAGCAGACUGACGUGACUGGACCAGGGACGGGACAGCGACAGCAAAACGGGUGACCCAAACAGCCCACCUGGCCCGGGACCGUCCGUCCUCCACGAUGUCCCCGGCGGCGGCGGCGGCGGCGUCGUCCUGUUCGCGCUGACGGCUUCGUCCCCGGAGCCGUGCAGAGGGAGGCGGCCGGCGGCGGCGGCGAGCUCGCUAGCAUGCGGCACUGGCCCGGCGUUUCCAGGAGGGGGCGGAGCUACUGAGGCCGCCGAGGCGACCAUGGACGACUUCUCCACGCGGACGUACGGCACCAGCGGCCUGGACAACAGACCCCUGUUCGGGGAGACGUCGGCUCGGGAUCGAUUCAUCAACAUUGCAGUGGGCGGGUUCACGUCUCUGGUCGUUCUGCUGACGCUGAUCUGCUCGUUCCUGUUCCCGUCGCUGCCUCCGCGGCCGCUCAACGUCUUCUUCGCCGUGUGCAUCCUGUUAGUCUGCGGCUCCACCAUCGUACUGAUAUUCUGGUACCGGCAGGGAGAUCUGGAGCCUAAAUUCAGGAACCUGAUCUACUACAUGCUGGCGUCCAUCGUGCUGCUGUGUCUAUGUGCCAACCUCUACUUCCACGAUGUCAGGUGAAGACGACGAAGACGAGGAGGAGGAGGAGGAAGAGGAGGAGGAGGAGGAAGAAGGGACGACAUGGCCUUGGUGAAAGGAAGGAGGACAAUGCGUAGAGAGAGAGACACGGACCAACAGAGACGUUUGACCAAAAAAAAAAACACAAACUUUCCUUUUUCUUCUUUUUUUGUUUUUUAAACACGUUUCUCACACUAGCUUGAACCUUGCAAAGGAUUGUGGGACGGAAACCGACCGGUGAGACUUGUUGAAUCAUCAAAAAAUAAUUGUGUAUGAAUCAUGACGUCCUGGAAGCUUCUUUAAGCGAACGUCUUCUCAGAGGAGGAGGAGGAGGAGGAGGAACCGCGACAAAACCGGUUCAAAAAGACAAAUUUAGGACAAUUUGUUUCAUCCAAACUCUAAAAAAAAAAAAAAAAAAAAAGGCCUCGUUCAGACGGGAUCAACGCUGCAGACGGAGCCGAGACGUUAGCGUCAGGUCGGCGUUAAAAACCAUGAACUGCUCAGAAGUUGCUUGAGAUUUGUUUGUAUUUUUAAGUUGGUGGUUGCGCUGCUAACGGCUAAUUCUGCUACGUUUUAAAGGACGAAGAUAAAGAAAUGUUUCUGAAUCCUCUGGAGACGCGAGUCGAGUCUGAGUGGAUCUUACAAACGAUGCGUUCAGGUGUCACGGGACGGAGCGGAUUUUUCCUUCAAACUGGAUUCAAAGAGCGAACUCACGGCUUCUGUUCACGUUUUCUUUCUUUGCUUCUUCCUGAUUCUCUGGAAUUUAUCACGUUAUAAAUUUAAAUGAAUCCUUGGUUGCGUUAAAACCCCUAAAACGUUUGUUUUUUCCGGCUUUAGCACUUUUAAUCCCGCUGCGUUCAGACCAGAGCUUCUAAGUUUGAGAAGAGGAAACACUAUGAAACGUGUUUGGUGGAAAUGAUGAAGACGAGCUGACGAACUCUUCGUUGGUUAAAAGCCAUUAAAACGACGUCGGGUCCUUUUUGGGGCCGAGAACAGAAACGUGACCGAACACCGAGCUUUUCUUUAUCGUCCAGCUUCAAACUGUGAACUGCUUCUUUUAUUUUUCUUUUUUAUUUCUGCAGCUGUAGGUUUUUUUUUUCCCGUACUGUAACUGACACAAAGAAACAGUUUCUACGAAAAACCUCGCCACAACUUUAGGAUUGUCAAAGCCAUAAGUUUCUCUUUUCUUUUCUUUUUUUUUAAUUUAAUAUUUUAUGGAAUAAAUAAUUGUGUACCCUCACUGA